AAAGAAGCUCCAGGGGAGAAGUAAAAGGAGAAGUGUAGAUCAACAAGGAGAAGAGGAGAAUGGCGAGGUAUGAUAGAGCGAUCACCGUGUUCUCGCCAGACGGUCAUUUGUUCCAAGUGGAAUACGCUCUGGAAGCCGUCCGCAAAGGUAACGCCGCCGUUGGAGUCCGUGGCACCGAUAUCGUCGUCCUCGGCGUCGAGAAGAAAUCCACUCCCAAACUUCAAGAUUCCAGAUCGGUUAGGAAGAUUGUGAACCUGGACAAUCACAUUGCAUUGGUCUGUGCUGGACUCAAAGCAGAUGCUCGUGUCCUCAUAAACAGGGCAAGAAUUGAAUGUCAAAGCCACAGGCUGACAGUAGAGGAUCCUGUAACUGUUGAGUAUAUUACCCGUUACAUUGCAGGCCUUCAGCAAAAAUACACUCAGAGUGGGGGUGUGAGGCCGUUUGGUCUUUCAACUCUGAUUGUUGGCUUUGAUCCCUACACGGGUGCACCAGCUCUCUAUCAAACAGAUCCUUCGGGGACAUUUUCAGCGUGGAAAGCUAACGCAACUGGCAGGAAUUCUAACUCAAUCCGUGAGUUUCUGGAGAAAAACUAUAAGGAGACCUCUGGACAAGAAACUAUUAAGCUUACAAUUCGCGCAUUGCUUGAGGUUGUUGAGAGUGGGGGGAAGAAUAUAGAAGUUGCUGUCAUGACUAAGGAACAUGGUCUGCGGCAGCUUGAAGAAGCUGAAAUUGAUGCUAUUGCCGCUGAGAUAGAAGCAGAGAAAGCAGCUGCUGAGGCUGCAAAGAAGGCUCCUCCAAGGGAAACCUGAUACACAUAAUGUUGAACCCCUUUUCUUUGUUGAAUUAAUCCUCUGGAGAAUUAUGGACAUUCUCAGAUGUUAACUUGUUUAAGAUGAUGCUUUUUUUAUGCACUCCAACAGUAACUAAAAGUUAAAGCUUUUUAAUUAAUGCCAGUGUUAUGAAAUUGCAUUCAAGCAAGUUGCUGUUUUUCUUUUGGUUUAGUGAUAUAUCUAAUUUUCGGGCCUAAUGAGAGGUAAUAAGUUUUAUUGUUUUGU